GUGGAGGAGCUGAGCCCCCGCGGGCCCCCCCCCUCCACCCCAAACCAGCAGAGAACCACGGACCGUCGUUCCGCCGAAGCAGCCCGAGACGUCUAACUGAAGCGGCGCCAUGUUGAUCAUCUUAGCCUUCAUCCUCCUCUUCCACGCGGCGGCGGCCGUCCUCCUCUUCGUCGCGACCGUUCACAACGCGUGGUGGGUGGUGUCGCCGGGCGGCGACCUCGCCGUCAUCUACGCCGACCUGUGGUACUCCUGGAACUCCCCCUGCGUCCCCCUGGAGAACAGCCCCACCGCCCAAUCAGCCUACCUGCAGACCGUCCAGGCGACUAUGAUUCUGGCCACCAUCUUAUGCUGCGUCAGCUUCUUCAUCUUCAUCCUCCAGCUCUUCAGGCUCCAACAGGGAGACCGAUUCGUUUUCACUGCUGUCAUCCAGCUGCUGGCCUCUGUGUGCGUGAUGAUCGCGGCGUCCGUCUACACGGCUCAGAACAAGAGCUUCCACAAGCAGGAUCUGCAGGUGGGCUCCUUCGGCUCCUCCUACAUCCUGGCCUGGGUCAGCUUCCCCAUGACGCUCGUCAGCGGCCUCAUGUACCUGGUGCUCAGGAAGCGCAAAUAGACGCCACGGGCUCGGCGCACAGACACGCACACAGAUACACGCAACAAACCCCCCCCCCACACAAACUUGGACAACAUGCACGAAGACAUCCACGUUCCCUCCUCUAACACGGACGCGCGCUCUGCGUCACGUAGAUUCAUAAUAAACGUACGAGAAAAGGGCCGCUCCCGCAUCCCUUUAGAGUCCAAGCAAAGAAUGUGAUGCUGAAAGCGUUCAGCAUCACAUUCUUGUCCAGCUCACACACUCAAAAGCAUGAAGGAAUUCGCUGCGUUCACACAUCGCAUAGAAAACAGCCCCCCGAGGCUCCUCGCCGCACUUAGUGAGAACACGGGACCAAAGUACCAACAUGCCGAUGUGUCUCCUCCACACGUUUCCUUGUGUCCUGGUUCCUAGCAACUCCAUUCACAGGUGCCUGUCUGAAAAUAGGUGAAAUCACGGCGGAUAAAAGACAGGUGGUGAGAUUUGUCUCACUGGGACCCCCCCCCCAAGCGGUCCGUACUUUCUCUGUGAAUCGACAGUCAACGGAAUUUAUUUUGUACAUAUUUGAUGUGUAUGUGAAGUUCAGGUGAUUUCCAAAAUAGAUCAUUUGUAAGACUGAAAUACCAGACGAACGGAAGGAAGAAAAAGAGGUCAUCUUCUGUCAACCGCAGCACACAGGACGCGUAGGUCUUUACUCGUUGUUUGUGUUUAACGGUGAAAAAAGAACCAAUAAUGUGCUGUGAUUGUUUCUGGGUUUCAAAUGACAUCGUAACAACAUGCAAACCUAAAACAUAAAAUGAACUUCAGGAAAAAAAAAAAAUUCUGUUCUCAUCUCCACUGAAAAAAGACAAACGUUAUUUAUCAUUAAAACCACUGUUGUGUAUUUUAGCCUCGGGACGUAAGUCAAUAAGUGUCGGCGUAUUUCUUCCCUCUGGCCGUUCUUCUGUUGAUUUGGUCCAUCACGGAAACUUCUCCCUAUGCACACGUCUGGCAUUCAACAACAAUAAAUGUGUAUUUGUAACAUACCUUCUGAUUUUAGCCUUUGUGGAGCUGUAGGGGAAGAUUUUGCUCUCAAGAUGACACUUGAAAAUGAUCAAAGGAACCUUUUGGAGGCCGAGAUAAUGAUGUUCCAAGUUUUCAUCUUGAAGAGUGUUUCAUAAUUAAUAAGCCUCUUUAACCUAGUUUGAGAUGAAAAGUCGAUGCAGGAAAAUAGGCUGGAAAGAAUCUUUUUUGUUUUGGGUGAAAUUAGGUUUAUUAGAUGUCAUUUAAAGUUUGUAUCGAUUUAGUUUACCUUCGGUAAUUAUACAUAAAACUGACCUAAAUUUAGAAUAGUUCGAAUCCUGUUGAGCAGAAACCACAGCGACCACCUGCAGGAGUUAUCUGAGCCUUUCUUAAAUUAAAAUGUUUUGUUUUAGGAGUGUGAUCAAUUCUUUUGUAGUUUUAUCAAUGUAGAUUUAGUGUAGCGUAGUCAAUGGAGAUCUACACAAGUAACCAUGGUGACAAAUGGGCAUGUGACCUGUUCAUGGGGAAUCCUUUUUUUGUUUUUUAAACGUUUCUAAUGCUUGCUAAAGUAUUAAUUUGACAUUUAUGGAGAAUCAUGUUGCUUUUUAACAGAGACAAUGUUGUUACAUUACAUAAAUUACAUUUUCUUGUUGCACAAAAUUCAUCCAAAAGUUUGAGUUUGUUUUGAUAUUGGUUAGAUGUGAGUGUGUUUCAGGCCCUUUUUGCUUUUAUUAUUUCAGGAUAAUUAUAUGAAAAUAUGCAGUUAGUGUUGACACCUUUUGUAACAUCAGUGGCUGCUGCUUUAAUCUGUAAAGUCCUACUCAUGUAUUCACAAGACAUCAAAUUAAAAGUUGGUCGGUUAUUGACGCCCAGUGGAUCAAUUUUUAGGUGACACUUUAUGAUUCGGGGUUCCAGAUUAGACUGCUACAAGCUCCUGUCAAUUACUCCUGAAAAAGAAUAAAUUUGAUUCUGCUGCUGAAUCCUGCUGCUCUAAUCUCAGAACAACAGACUGGUCAAAAUUCAGGAGCAAAGACUUAUCUGCGAAAAGAUCAAGGUGCUUCCCCCCCUGUUAAAUCCUGUUGAUCCUCGACAUAGAUUUCAAUAAAUGUCUUUUACAAUGAA